AUGAUAUCCGACGACCUUCUUGACAGUUGUCUUCAGAUCCUUCAGGAUAAAGCUCUUGAUGAAGAAGAACAGGCAGAGAAAGUUGAGAGUUUCCUGCGGGAGAACACAUCUUUGUCUGGAGCAUCGCUGGAGAAUGCGGUGCUCGACGUCCUUUGGCGACAUCGCAAUCGCACAUUACCCGACUCUUCUCCUCCCCCUCCUCGUCAUACGGUGAUUCGCCGGACCUCACCAGCACCAUGGCAGAUGGCACGCUCCUCUACACCUUUAUCCCCUCCUUCCAACCUCGGCACAAGCCCUGGCGGCUCAUCUUGGUUCCAAAGCUCACGAGGCUUCUCUCGCGCACCUCUUUCAUCGACCGUAUCACCAUUCACCUCCCCGCGACCAUCGCCAAGAUUAGCCCUUGCGCAACCUAUCCCGCAUUCGCCGAACCUUAACGCUUACGAAUUCUCGGACCAGAGUCAAGUAUCGGACUUUUACAGUGACUUUGGCAACGAUAGCAAUGUGGAUUGGCUUGUUGCAGACGAUGCGCAGAGCACCACCUCCUCUGUGGGGACAAUGAGCGCCUCCGGUGCCCUCAGCGCCACUGCCCCGGAAUUUGUUCCCGAUAUGAGCCCCCACGAUAUCUUGCGCACUGUGCUUGGAGAUAAAAGAUCCAAUGAAGAGAUUGAGGCUGCGUUGGAAGCAAAUGGCUAUGAUCUCGGCGCGACCAUUGCAUCUCUCUCACAGGAUCAGAGUGGAGGCAGUUUCAGUCAGUCGGAUGAUGGUCGCGUCGUCGUCGGCAAAUCUAUGACCAUGGAGCAACCGAAAUUAAGCACCUCCCCGAAUCACAACCGAAGCCCUGUUGUUUGUAAAUAUUGGCUGUCUACCGGACAAUGCCUUCGUGCAGAUUGUCGGUUCAGCCACGAUCUUACCAAUCAUGUCUGCAAGUACUGGAUCAUGGGCAAUUGUCUUGCGGGCGAUGGAUGCCCUUUCUCCCACGACCCUUCAGCACUAAUUGCGAAUCUCAGUGUGGGGGAGAGCAACCAACAGGGCGGUCCAACAUUUAACGUAGAGAACACCUCAGAAGCUUUCCCUCCGUUACAGUCUGUAGGAGGAGCUGGGGAACAAUGGACGAAUCACUAUCUGGGCAAGUAUCCUCAUCUAUCAGGUCUUGCGGGAAACAAAUCUCCACAAGCAAUGCAGCUCACCCCAGGGAAACGCAACGGCCAUGGGUCUCGUCCACAUUCCCGUCCAACGAGCCGUCACCAGCAUCGUGAAUUGAACCCUACAGCGCUUUCCGUAGAUGAUCCAGAUGCAUUCCCCACGCUUGCUGCAGUGAGCGCAAAGAAUGCUAGUAAGAAGCACGGGAAACGCAAUAACCGAGAAACCGGUUCCGUCAAAGAGAACUUGCCUACAUCUUUGGCGGAUGUGGUCCGUAUGUCUCCGUCCCCUGCUCCGGGCAAAGGCAAACCCACGUCCAAGAAUAGCAGAGAAGGGACCAAAGGCCGCGAAAACAAUGCUGCUGCGCAGUCUAUCCCAGCUCCGCAGAACAUUCCUUGGCUCGAGACUGGCUCCCGAGCCAACCAGCAGUAUAUCAAAUACCGUACUGAGGCUAUCCGCCACGGUACAGUGAGAAACAAGUUUCUUCAAAGCGCUGCUCAAGCUUGGAACCGGAAUGAUGCUAGAGCCGCAAAAGCUUUGUCUCUUCGAGGCCAAGCAGAAAACGAAGCGAUGCGUAAGUGCCAUCGCGAAGCGGCACGGCAAUUGUAUGAAGAGCGGAACAAGCACCUUCUUAGUGCCGGUUUGGAUGAGUCGUCCGAAGAACUUUACGUCGACCUUCAUGGCCUGCACCCUGAAGAGGCAAUCGAAUAUUUAGAGAAGAUCCUUCUGAAACAUGCUCGUGAGGGACGACGUGUGAUCUACGCCAUCACAGGCACGGGUCAUCACUCGAAGAAUGGCAAAGACAAGAUCGGAAAGGCUGUCAAGGCUUGGCUCAACGAGUGGAAGUACCUCUACCGUGAGUUUAGUGUGCCCGGGGAGAGGGGAGGAUAUGUAGGUGGCAUCCUCGGCAUCGACCCCACCAGCUAUGACAAGUCUCUUGCCAAAAGUCUAGAAGAAGGUGACGAUGGGAAGGGUGGUGACAGCAAUGGUAAUCAACCCGUAAUGACAAUGGGCAAGAUUCAACUGUUGAAGCGCGAGGAUCUGGAGUCGAAGAGUUCAUAA